AUGGACCAAGGGUCAUUUGAUGGCAGUCUUAAAGGAAAGGCUAGCAGUGGUGGGUGUGGUGGCUGCUGGGGUUUGUGGUUGGUGAAAAGAGAGGAGAGAAUACGAAGGGUUUUGGCCAGGGAUGACAGUUUUGAAGGAAAGGCAAGCAGUGGUGGAUAUGUUGGUUCAAUGGUGGCUGCUGAGAUUUGUAGCUAUGCUGAAGGAAGAGAAGCAUUUAAAGCUCAAAAACAGCUUCAAAAACAUAGUAUUGCUACUAGUACAGACAUUGGCAUCCCUGGCAGCCGAUUUCUUCCUACACUAUCAAACUUUAAAAUGUGGAAGCUAGACAGCAAAGUGAAGAAUUCAGUAAGGCACAUAAAAUGGAGAGAAUUGAGUCGGUCCAAUGUAAAAGAAAUUAGGCUUAGGGAAGAGGUGCUAAGCGAAUGCGGGAUGGGAAUUCUUGAAUCUGACAUGCUAACCAAGUUAAAAUCGAGAGGCAUCAAAAGAUAUGAAAUUACAGAAUUUGAUGGUCCAAAAGGUGUAUAUACAACCAUACCAUUUGUAACGAUUCAAAGGAGUAAAGAAUAUUGGGAAGAGGAUGCAAACGAGUUCAAUCCAUUAAGCUUCAAGAAUGGAGUAUCUCAUGCUGCAAAAUACCGGAGUGCUUUACUCGCCUUUGGAUUGGAGUAUAAGCAUGCACCAGCUAAUCACUUGACUUCGAAGCCAGAAUAUGGGCUCCCCAUUAUUGUGAAACCUUUUCUUCUUUCAAACGAUGAAUUUGGAAAUGUCGAUGAAAGGGCUGACUUGGAAAACAAAAUAGAUUGUUUGGACUUGCCCAUGGAAUCUUGA